AUGACGGCGGCCGUGCUCCGGGAGGGCGUGCUGGAGAAGCGCAGCGGCGGGCUGCUGCAGCAGUGGAAGCGCAAGCGUUGCGUGCUCACCGAGCGCGGGCUGCAGCUCUUCGAGGCCAAGGGCGCUGGCGGCCGGCCCAAGGAGCUCAGCUUCGCCCGCAUCAAGGCCGUGGAGUGCGUGGAGAGCACCGGCCGCCACACCUACUUCACGCUGGUGACCGAGGGCGGCGGCGAGAUCGACUUCCGCUGCCCGCCGGAGGACCCGGGCUGGAACGCGCAGAUCACCCUCGGCCUGGUCAAGUUCAAGAACCAGCAGGCCAUCCAGACCGUGCGCGCCCGGCAAAGCCUCGGGGCCGGCGCGCUGGUGUCCUAGAGCGCCGGGGCGCGCCCGGCCUUCCCGAGGCCGGUCGUGUCAGCUUCUGGGCCCCCUUUGGCUCUUGGGGCGUGACUGUGCUCCUGACUGUGCUCCGGGUGGCGAGGCUGCAGCUGUGGACACCCCUGUGGAGGAGGCGUUGGAGUCACGGGUCAGCGGGAACCAGCGAGGAGGGGGACGGCCACGGGGGCGCUGAGGAUGAGGAUUUGGCCCCGGGCACUCAGGCUAUCAGGACGUGCCCGCCCUGGGCCCAGCCUCUGAGGUCGGCAAAGCCCUCGCCCGCUGUGGCCCUGGUGUUUGCUCUGCAGACUGUCUGCCUCAGGCUUGGUGCCGUGCCUGCAGGAGGGCGGCCCCCUAGGGGCGCUGAGCCAGUGCCUCAGGGCUCAAGAGGCCUGCCUGGGGCCCACGAAAUGAACCCCCCAGGCUCAGCUCUGGAUUCAGCUUGGUGUGGGGGUAGCUGAUGGGCCCAAGACCCACUCUUGGGGUCGUCUGCAGCUUGGGUCCUUUUCGGGAACCCCACUCCUCCAGGCCUCUCUUUGCACACUUCUUCCCCACUCCUGCCCAUCUUCCCCGCACUGCCGUGCCAGGCCUGGAGGUGGUGGGGUGGGUAGAGGCUCAGCCAUUACCAUUUCACACCUGUCCCAGAAUCUGAUGCCCAUCAGAGGGCAGUGACCACGCUGUUCUCUGAAUGAGAAAAAGACCUGGUAUUGGGAACAUCUCUCUCCUCGCCUCCAGUUUCCCACACUAAACCCCAUCCUGAAGUCUCCAGCCUGGGGAGGCCGAGACCCUGCAGUCCAGAGAACACGGCCUCAGAGGUGCUGGAAGAGGGGCCACGGGGCCUGCACGGGCCGCUGUGGGCCUCGCUGUCCUCCUGGGGGGGCAGCUGAGUCUCCCCAGCAGGGCUCGUCCCUUCAUCACUCACACACUUGGGCCUGCUCCGCUGACACCACGUCUUCUCCGCGCGAUGGUUUAAAAGGAAUCGUUUCAGCAAAAGAGAAAUGGAAGUGGAGACAGCACUGCCCUGAGUGACACAGCGACUGCCCAUUGGCUGAUCCACGUCUGGCCUGCCCCGUUGCGGUGUGGCGGCUUCCGAGUCCAAUGGGGCAGGAAGACCGAGUGUCCGCCGCAGGAGUCUGGACGCUGCUUCCAACCCUCUUGCUCCCCGCAGGCUUCUCCUCCCACCCGGUCACGACCCCUGUCCUUUGUCCCCGUCCCCCAGAGCCCUCUGCAGCUUCUCGUUUCUCCGAUAUGUGAACCUCAUCUUAACAAUCGAAUAAGAACUUACAAGGAAAGGCA